UAGGGUUAAGCGGAAGUCUUGUCUCCUGAAGCUCCAGACGCUAAAAAAGUCCCACAAAGAGGAAAAGGCUGUCAAGUAUCAUGGAAGCGCUCUCCGCUUAUUUUACGGUCCUUCGAUGACACGAUGAGAAAAGGCGAUUCGUUGUCGGAAGGUGUGAAACAUUUGAUACAGGCGACCAUCAUGGUGUAGUCGUCGCGAGCAGCGGAGAUUGUUUGUUCUUGACAAAAGAGAUCUUACAACAUGUCCAUUCAUAAGCACCGGCAGCCCAACAAACAGGAGAGGAAAAGCAGUUUCUUCAAGCUGAUUGAGUCCUUUGCCUUGGAAAUCGGCACUUUGAAAAAGGAGAUGGGGAAAAAGCCUGAGACAACAGAAGAAGACCACAAGACAGAUCCAAUGCUGGGGAUGGGUGAAGAAGUGGGGGGUCUUUUCCUGCAGGCAUCCCCCUGUGCCGGAAUGGGGACCGGACUGGCUGGAGCAAGAGAUUCGGGCUAUGACUCCCUCCAUCGACGACUAAGUGUUUUGGACAGAUUAAUCGGGACGCAUCCUAUUUGGCUCCACCUUGAUCUAAGCCACCAGAAUGCCGUACGGGUACUGCAUAGCCAACAACCUGGGGCAUUUGUGGUGAGGAGGUCAUCCAGCUUGCAGAAGAAGGUGAUCUCUCUACGCAUGGACAAGAACUCUGCAGUUCCUGUGAAAGACUUUGUCAUUAAGGAGAGCCAGUACACUUUCUCUUUGGAAGGGUCGGGCCUGAGCUUUGCAGAUCUGUUUCGUCUUGUGGCUUUCUAUUGCAUCAGCAGGGAUGUGCUUCCCUUCACCCUGAAGCUGCCGGAGGCCAUUGCUUUAGCCAAAACAUCUGCUGAGCUUGCAGAUCUUGCAAAACUGGGAGCAGGUUUCUGGGACACUGAUUGGUCUAACAAGAGGAAGGCUUUUGCCACAGCUCCUGACAGACCACCUCCACCUGGCUCACUACCACUCUCUGUCGCACCCGCUCCAGGUCGCCCUCGGCUUCGAACUCGCACCCCAUCAGAGCUUGAGUGUUGCCAGUCCAAUGGGGCACUUUGCUUUAUCAAUCCUCUUUUCAUUAAGGUUCAUCAGCCAGAAAGCAACCAGAGCCCUGACUCUGUUUUUUCUGGUCUGAGUAAGGAACCACUUGGCGACAACCCAGAAACUAACACUCAUCCCUUUUGUGGUGACGCUCCUGCUGGUUGUAACUCAAAUAUCAGUGACAGCAAACCUCUUAGUCUUGGAAGUACCGCAGAACUACAAGCUGAAAAGAAGCAAAGCGGUUCAGAUCCUGCGUCGCGUUGGCCUCCAGCCCGUCCACCGCCACCUCGCUUUUCGACGUCCCGAUCGGGCGCUCCUGUCCGUCAGCACAGCAUGCCGGAGAAAAUUCCCUGGAUCAAUGUCCCUAAAGAGAAGGUGGAAGAGAAGGAUAGAGGCAGCAGCCUUUUAUCCCGGCUUGGUUCUUCACUUAGCAUCAACCCUUCAUCGUCCCCUCCGAAGAGAUUCAGCAUUAGCUCCCCUAUCUCCAUCCCCAGGCCAUCACUGCCCAUCUCUUUGUCAUCUCUAUCCUCCUCACCUCGUAGGCCCAAAUCCUUACCAUCAUCCUCCCUGGAGGAUGCCCAGUGCCACUUGGCCCUCGAGGACCAGACUAUUGAGAAGGCUCUUCUUAAGGCCAAACUCUCUCAGAAGAGGGGCACCACACCUUGCACUCAGCCCUGCAGCAGCCUUCCGGAUUCUUCCACAAUGGCCAAAAGCAAACAGGCGGUGGUGCGAGGAGGCCGAGAGGCCGGAGAGGAUUGCAACGGGGACAACCAGCGUUUGAGUGACAUGAGUCUUUCCACGGAUUCUUCUGACUCUCUAGAUUUCUCUUCGUCCUCAUCCUGCUUGCUUCCUCCUCUGCAUGACCCAAGCCCACCGACAGUGGCUGAUUUUAACACUCACCUGCCGCUUUCCCUGCCCUCCUCCCAUCUCCUUUACUCUAGCAUGGAGGAAGAUGAAGACGAAGAGGAUGAGGACGAAGAUGAGCAUGACUAUGGUGUAAGCGUGGAGAGUGAUCAGGACCAAGACCAGGACCUGACAAUGACCCCGCCUGGGCACAGGACAAGACGCCGCCCCAGUGCCAGCGCUUUGGUCCUUCAGAAAGCACUGCGAGGUCACCUACGCAAGAUGAGCGGCGUUUUUAACUCGCUGCUGACACCUGAAAAGAGAGCCAUACGCAGAGUGGUGGAGUUGUCCCGGGAUAAGGGCUCCUACUUUGGCUCCCUUGUGCACGACUAUCUAAGCUACAUGGGUGAGGGUGCAGGCACCCAAACUUGGCAAAGCUACGCCUCUGGUCUGGAGCUUCUUCAGACUCUCCGUCAGUUUAUCACUCAAAUGAAGAGCUACCUGCGACAGAGCUCCGAGCUGGGAUUGCCCAUUGAGAGCCUCAUCCCUGAAGACCAAAUAGACGCUGUCCUGGAGAAGGCCAUGUACAAGUGCGUCCUGAAGCCGCUGAAGCCCAUGAUCAGUGCUGCACUGCAGGAGUUCCAGGUGCGCAGCGGGGAAUGGCAGGAGCUGAAGGAAAACAUGGCUUUGGCCAAGGCUCGGCAGCCGCAAGAAAUGGGAGUGGACGACGCGAUGCCGCCAGACCCCGUGGCCAUAGAAAAGAUCAAGUACAAGUUCCACUCCAUGUGCAAGCUGUACUCCCCAGAGAAGAAGGUCACCAGGCUGCUGAGGGUUUGCAAACUCAUCUACACCAUCAUGGAGGACAAUUCAGGUCGUCUGUUCGGGGCAGAUGACUUCCUGCCCAUGCUGACCUACGUGCUGGCGCAGUGCGACAUGCCCAAGCUGGACAACGAGAUACUUUACAUGAUGGAGCUGCUGGACCCCUCGCUGCUUCACGGAGAAGGUGGCUACUAUCUGACCAGUGCGUACGGAGCAAUGUCUCUGAUCCGCAACUUCCAGGAAGAGCAGGCGGCCAGGGUGCUGAGCUCUGACACCAGGAAUACGCUCCGCCAGUGGCACCAGCGUCGCACCACUUUGCACUCUGCACCUUCCUUCGACGACUUCCAGAAUUACCUACGGGUGGCGCUGCAGGAGCUGGACAGCGGCUGCACUGCCAAGACCCUCCAGGUAGGACCCUACGCCAACGUGGAGGAGGUGUGUCAGCUUUGCGCCCACAAGUUCAAAGUGUUGGACCCUGACAACUACGGCUUGUUCCUGCUGACGGAGGGCAAUAGCCAGCAGCUGGCGCCAGACACCCAUCCUCAGAAGAUCAAGGCGGAGCUGCACACCCGCCCGCAGGCUGCCCCCUUCCACUUUGUCUACCGCCGCUUGGACGGCGGCGGCACCACUGAGCCGUCAGCACCUCUCCGCCAUCACACUGUGAACUCCGAACCCCAGGUCCAUCUAAACCACCUCAGCACAGACCUUCCCAGCCCCUCCCCUGACUCAGGCCUCAGCCUGUCUUGUUAAUGCAGACUCCUGAUCUACCCAGUAGGGGACCGUGUGCACUUGCAUAUCUGUGACACAUGGACCACAGGAACAACAUGCCAGCAGGACUUCACCCUCUUAAACGGGGAAGGUUGGAUCAGAAACACAAGUUCAUGUUUUGUUCUUUGCUUCCUAGACAGGCAACAAUGGCAUGUGCCUUUAACCCAUAAGAAGCCAUUCACCGUCAAAUGAGGGAUAGAGCACAUAGAAGAGACGUUCGUCAUGUUUUUUGUCAAAUGCGGUCGUCCCUCGCUAUAUUGCGGUUCGAAUAUCGCUCCCUCGUCAAAUCGCGGUUUUCCAUAAAUGAACUAAAAAAUGGUCACUGUUUGGUGGUCUAUUAUUAGUCAAAACAUACUGAAAUACCAGUGAUAUCUAGUAUUCUGGUCACUAGUGAUGUGUGAUACCACUGAUUUUGUUUCUUAGCCGAUACGGAGUAACAUUGGGGUUAGUAUCAAAAAACAAAUUCACCUUAAGUGUCUGGUAAAUAUAUUAUAGAAUAGAGAAUACAAGACAUUUAAUUCAUGGAUUAAUUAAAUACAAUAAUAAUUGGAGGUAGUUAUUUAUUUAUUUUAAACGCUGAAGUGUAUUGAGGUAGCGGGGUGAUUUACAAUUUAGCUAAGCUAAUAUACAACAACAGAAAAAACAGGACAAAACCAUACAAAAUAUGUGAAAUUGUGUUUUAAUAUUAAAAUGAAAAGAAAUGAUUAACUAUUAAGAACUACGAUAAGAAGGAAACUUGAUUCACAGUUCACAUAUGGCUCUGUUUGCGAUCGUUUUAGCCAAACAUUAUCUCAAAUGACUGAAGUAUGAACAUUUUUAAGAUUUUAAGAGCAUGAACAGCUGGCAUCGGAUGUGUCUAUAUUUCGGUAUCCAUCCGCACAGCACUAGCAAUGACUUUCUCUUUAUGAAAGCCGAUUCUUUUGCCUCGGCUCACUAAAAAGAGACGGCUCUUUCGGCUCCCAAGUGGCUCCUUUUUUUGUUGUCUUAUUUUUUACCAAAUUGUGUCAAAUGAAUGACUAAUGUAAAAAAUACAUGAUAUCAAAUGUUUCUUAUUUAAAUGGAUUUUCAAACCUAAAUGAACAGCUACAAAAACAUAUAAUAUUGUAAAAUACAAACCAAAGACCCAUCUCAAUCGAGAAAUCAGGUGAAAAUAGGUCAAAUCUCUUCAUGCUAAUUUCUCGCGAACGAAUCGGCUCCGAGAGCACCACAGUGUGUUUAACCGCACCCCUCCCCCUGCUCCGUGUGGAGAGAGACGCUGCUGCACAUCUUGACCAAUGACAUUCGGCUUUAACAGAAAAAAAGAUGAGGAAAAUAAAUGAUCGGCUCCUGUCGUUCAUUUCAAAGAGCCGGCUCAUACAGCCAAUUCGUUCGCGACUGACACGUCACUUGUGGUGACACAAAACGUUGAGACAUUAUCUUACAUGACUUUAACACUGCAUGAAAUUAGCCGUGGAAUGUCCAACUCGAUCAAGUGAAAAAAAGCCCCCAACCCCCGUCCCUUGUGGCAGUGGUAAGUUUUUGGAUGCGUAAGUUUAUAAGAAAUCAAGUCGAGGCUAAAUGGUUAGCUCGCUAGCUUGUUGGCUCGCUAGCUAGCUGUCUCUAGUCCCUGGAACAUAAGAGUUGCAAUGUGGUGUAAACAAUAACAGAGGUGACUAUAUGGGUGGUAUUUCAAGGCAAAACUGUCUUCAAUGGCUUAUUUUCGCUGAUUCUAUCUACUAUAUUGGGUAACAGGAAUGUAAAGGUGGCCAUGUGGAUGUUAUUUCAUUUCUAGAUACAAAAAUAUUCCAUUAAUGAAGAAAUAAUCCUAUAGUUAAUGUUAUUUUUCACAGCAAAAAAUAAGUGACAGGAGCACCUCAAGGCUAAAAUCCCGAUAGUGAUAUUUAGCUAGCUUGUUUUCUUUGAAUUCAUUGAAGAAAUAUAGUAAAUAGAGUUGAAUUGUAAUAUUUCACACCCUGUUAAAGCAUUACAAUUGUUAAAUGGAUUUAAAAUGUAUGGAACCCCGUUUCCGCCACUGGAAGAAAAAAAAUAUCCCAAUGGUACGUCAUAAUUAUGAGAUGAAAAAGUUCUAAUUAGGAGAUAGAAACUCCACAUGUGGCGAGUGGCGUGUGCUGAAGGCUCCAGUGAAGAAGGCUGCACAUGCUCAGUUUGAAUCAUCAUUGGGACUUUCCACCUCAUAAUUUCAACCUUUUAUAUCAUCAUUUUGACAUUUUAUCUCAUAAUUAUGACACUUUAUCUAUAAAUUUUGACUUUUUAUUUCAAUAUUUCUGCUCUUGGAUCUCAAUAUUCACUUUCCUAUCUGAUACGUAUGACGUUUUAUCUCAUAAUUAAGAUUGAUCUCAUAAUUUAGACCUUUCAUCUCAUAAUUAAGACAUCUCGUAAUUAUGACUUUUUAUUUCAUAAUUAAGACUUACCUCAUAUUUUUGACUUUUUCUCGUAUUUUUGACUUUUUACAUCUUGUAAUAGACUUUAUAUCAUGUAAUUUCAACAUUUUAUCUCAUAAUUAAGACUUGUUAUCUUACAAUUAAGACUUACCUCAUAAUUUUGACUUUUUCUCAUCUUUUUGACUUUUUUUUAUCUUGUAAUAGACUUUACUUUCUGGUAAUUUCAACAUUUUAUCUAACUAAUUGACUUUUUAGCUCAUAAUUUCGACUAUUUAACUCAUAACUAUGACUUUUUAUCUAAAAAUUUUGACUUUUUAUCUCAUAACUAAGACUUUUUUUACCUCAAAAUGUUGACUUUUUAUCUCGUAAUUCAGACUCAUAAUUUUUACUUUUUAUGUCAUAUUUUCGACUUUUUAUCUUGUAAUUUGCAUUUUUUUCUCACAUAUAUGACUUUUCCUGGAAAUUUCUACUCUUUGACAUCAUAAUUUAGUUUCCUAUCAGGAUUUUCUAAUCUCCUAAUUUCAAUUGAACUCAUAGUAUUGACUUUUUAUCUCAAAAUUUGGACUUUUUUUGACGUACCAUAGGGAUAUUUUGGAAAAAAAAGCAUUUGCAAUGACACCCCCAUUUUGGGACAGUCACGUGACAACCACUCCUGAGUGGCUCCUAAACGCCCCUAAGGGACGUGAUGAGUUCAAGUGGAGCACAAAGCCUGUAUAGGACGCAUUUCACGUGCUUGUGGCUUCUUGUGGGUUAAAAAUAAAAGUGCCUAGCGACAGAUGACGUCAACAAGAUGUAAUAAGCGCAUUUCAGUUGCUGGUAAACUGCUUCCAUGUGUCGUCCAGCGACACCCAGUGGUUGUUGACGUUCACUACAGGUGUGCUUGGCAGUCUUCUGUAGAUUUCUAUAUUUACUCCGUAGAAAUGACAAUUCUGUGCAUACAACUGCCAAAUCGUUGCGUUAUCAUUAUUAUUAUUAUUAUCAUCUUCCUCACUACUAUAAGGAAUGAUAUCAUGCAGCUACCUAACACGUUUAACAGCAUUAAUAUUGCAAGUCAUGUGGAUCAUGCACAUCUUUUUGCCAGUCAGUGGUUGAGCCUACUAAUGUUACUGGGAGUUAGCAUGUUGCUAUUCUAUUCUAUGUUGCAUCUUCAUCUUCCUUCAGGUCUGUCAUGGAGGACCAACACCUCAGGCUGGCUGCAUUGUUGCACUUCUCUGCUGCUGAAACAUCUAUUGGUCCUAAUCAAUAAACAAAUAGGGAUGUCCCGAUCCACAUUUUUUGGCCUCCGAUCCGAUUUGUUUUAUAGUCUUGCCGAUCCGGUUCAGAUCCAUUUUUUAUUUUUUUGUUAAAAACAUGAAUUUGUUAUGAAAAUAUUGCUGAAUGUACUUUUUAUGACAAAGCAUGUGUGGCUUUUGUAGCAAACCUCUGAGUCAGAUCUCUAAUCCAAUAAAAGUCCACUCAAUAAAACAUGAAAUUGGAAAAAAUGAGUCUGUAAAAUACGUUUAAAUACAUACAAAUACUAAUUUGGCAUGGUUAUAGAUCAAUUUGUGGUGUGAUUUAGAAUAUAUGACAUAUGACAUAUGAUAUGAUAUAUGAAACAACCAGCAGCACUUCCCAUGCGAGCUCCCCGCACCAUGACACAGCAGUAGCAGUAGCUGUAGCUACGGCGUGAAACUAACUUCGCGCGGUACGCCGCAGACAUGUCUACCUGGCGGUGUUGGGUUUUCUUCUUGUUGUGGGGGGCGGGAGUCGAGUGGCAACCGGUUUUGAGGCCCAUCACCGCACGUGCCGUGUUGGGAGUGUGGCAACCUCAUUAUCCGAAAAAUACAGCGGAACGGCAGCCGAUCCCGAUCUUGAAGAUGGGAUCGGGACAUCCUUAGUGACAAAUAAAGCUUUUCAUACUGACGAGUUGAAAAAUGGCCAGUUUCACCGUGAGCGACGGCUAGCAAUGGUGAGGAAAAGACGUUUUGUGUUAAAAGGAAAAAAAGUUUCUCCGUGAUCAAGGGUGAGGUUGGUGCUGUAAUUUCCAUGCAGUCUGAGGCCUGCUACUAUCUGUACACUCUACUUGAAGUGCAUCUUAUUUGCGCGAGCAAAUGAAAAUACAGUAGAACCUGUCGACGUCGACAUAAGCGGUUGUCGACGUAACCGGAAGUAGCCAUUGCUUAUACAUUUACUUGUAAGACAUAAGGAAAAUGGGUGAUAAUACAGGAUUUUUGUUUUGUUUUCCUCCAUUUGUGCAUAUAUUCAUUUAGAUUCUAGUGUUUUCAUAUACUUUGAUAGUUUUGAUAUUGGAAGUUGACUUUGCACUGAACAGGAAGUGACUGACGACGCUAUAACACGUGUCGAAAUAAACCAGUGAUGUCCAAAGUGCGGCCCCGGCGGCCAUUUGGGGCCCACGGCUCUCUUUUAUUGGCACAUUCUAAAAAUAUACAGUAAUUUAAGAAGAAAAAACUGCAAAAAUGGAAAAAUGCAGUAAUUUUACAAGAAUAUAUUAAAAUACUAUGAGAAAAAGGUAAUCUUGAGUCGCGAUUUUACGGGAAUAAUGUAAUAUUAUGAGGAAAAGUAACAUUUCAGUAGCAUAACAUUGAAAUAUUAAGGAAAAAAGAUGUUUAAAAAAGAACCCAUAUUAAAACAAAGUAAUUUUUGGAAAAUUAGGUAAAGAGUUCUAGCAACUUCCACAUUUUUCAACCAAUUCAGACCAUUCCAACAUUAAAACAUUCAACUAAUUAAGGAAAUUCAUGCCAUUUUCCACAUACCAAGCAUUCCCACUUAGCUUGACAUUCCAAUUUUGGAAUGCAAAAUGCCUUUGAUUUAAAGAGUUGUAACUAUUGUGUUUCCACAUUUGUCAACCAUUUCAGACCUUUCCAAAGUUAAAAUUCUCAACUCAUUCGGGACAUGCGCUAUCCUGUUAGGUGUUAGCAUGCCAAUGUUAGCAUUGCUAGCAUGUUAACAUUAGCAUAGUAGCAUUUUUAGCCAUUUUCACAGGUAGGCACUUUUAUAUAAAGACUUAGCACUAUCAUGCUAGCUGUUAGCAUGCUAAUGUUAGCAUGUUAGCAUUUCUAGCUAUUUUCAUGGUUAGACAUAUAUAAACACUUAGUACUAUCAUGCUAUGUUAUCACGCUAAUGUUAGCAUGUUAGCAUAGUAGCAUUUUUAGCCAUUUUCAUUCAUUAUAUAUUAUGCUAGGUGUUAACGGUAGCAUGUUAGCAUUGCUACCAUGCUAACAUUAGCAAUAUAAAUAUGUAGAUAAAAUAAAUGUAGGACUAAUUUUUAUGGUGUAAAUCACAAUAUGGGGGAACUAUGGCGCUGGGCGGAAGUCUGCGCUCUCCGAGUGUUUUUCUAGUUAUCGACCUGUUUUUUUUUGGUUUUUUUAUUGUUCGAUUAAUCAAUUUAUCGAUUAUUGUGACAGGCCUAAUGUCGACUUAAGCAGGCACUUUUUAGUAACAGCAAGAACACAGCAGACCAGGACUUGAUGAGUUGAUCUCCAAGAGGUGGGUUUUUGACGUAAACAGGUCCCACUGUGCUGAUACCGCACAGAUCAUCAGGGACGUUGGGGGCUAAGGGGUGAAAAGUUAGGACAAUUCCAAGGGUCCAUGACUGACAGGGGCCCCGGUAAAUAGCUAAAAUAAUUUUGCUAUCUAGUUGUGAUUUUUUUUUUUCAUUUUAGAAAACGAUUUUCAAAAUCUUUCAUUUGCUAGUAAUCAGAUAAAUAUCCACAUUGACCAAAAGUUCAUUUCCAUAUGAACCAGUGGAGAGUCGAACCCGGAUCUUCCAGAUCUCCUAUGUGGCCAGCAUGCUAACCACUAGGCCACUGUGCAACGCCAAAUAUAAAUAAAAACAUCAUAAAUCCAAAUAAAAUGCUCCACAGGUUUUCUUACUUGUAGUAAAGACAUCUUUAUUAAUGCUCUGGUAGCAAAAUGAUCUCUAAAAUGACAUUUGAAACAUCGAAACACAAAGCGGUCGUCAAACACUCCGACAAUCCAAUCAACCAAGCAAGCAUGCGGGCUUCAAACUCAAUCCAGUGCCAGGACCCUGACUCCCAUCCAAAUAGACAUGAAUAUUUACCAUCAAAUAUUUUUUAUUGGAUGUUGAAAUACUGUACCUCCAUGCCAGUAAACAAGAACACAAGGAGAGUACAAUCUAGAAUCUAUGAAAAUAUAUUCAACAAAUAUACAGAUCGAGACAAAAUAUAUCUACAUUUACACCUAUUAUGUACAUAUCAUACACCUGCACACAUGAAUUGGACAUAUUUUCAUUGCUGUGGUCGUUUGCUUCAGCGAAAAUUGUUUUGGUGUGACGGACAUGUCAAGAAUAGCAGCGGAGACACAUUUUCAAAUCAUUUGUUCAACAGUUUGAUUUAUGGUAAAGUGCGUGGUAGAAAGAUGAUCUCAAUGACUGAUACGACAACACAAGCACUGGCUUAUUGCGAUAUCAAACUAGGGAUGGGCGAUUUCUACAAUCAUUUCUUGAUUGACUGUUUUUAACUAAUAAUUCACAAGUUGUACACAAAAAUCUAUUGUCUAUGUACGGUAUUAUGGUUAAGAGAUGGGAGAAUCCGUCGGACUGUCCUGAACUCUGGUAUGACGCCAGCAGUCAACAGUAUCUCUGCGGGUAGCAGCCAAGGAGUGAACCUAACCCCAACUUACCCAAACCCCAACCCUAACCCCCUAACUCGGGGGGAUCCAAACUUUUUUUCCAGUGAGGGCCACAUCCUGAAAAAUGAAAAAAUGCAACUUUGCCACUUUGAUAUUUUGAUAUCUUUGUCAUAUCCUGUAGGUGAAAAGCCUAUUAGUGGUAUCAGCUUCACUCUUUGCUUUUUUACCCCCUUUUUUGCAGUUUUUUUUAAACUAUAGCUUUAAUUUUCCAACUAUUUCAACAUUCUUCUUUAAUAAUCUUCACACAUGUGAUCUCGUAAUAUUUUGACUUUAUUCCCAUAUUUUUACUUUUUCCCCAACCUGAUUUUUCAAAAAUGACAACUUAAUUUUGUUGUGUUUGUUUCUCACAUCAUUACGACUUUUGAAAAAGAACUACUUAACGACACAAUGUUUACAUUUCUUUAAUAGUUCAUCUGUAUGCAACUAAAAUUGGUUUAUUCUCAUCAAAUUGUGAGCUUUUUUUCUCAUUAGAAUAAGGCCUUUUUUCUCGUAAUAUUUUAACUUUAUUCUGGUAAAAUUGCCGCUUCUUAGUUUUUAUUUUCCAGCUAUUUCAACUUCUCUCUUGUAAAUAUUUGUAAUUAUUUGUAAUUAUGACUUUAUUCCCAUAAUAUUUUGACUUUAUUUGACUUUUUCCGCAACCUUAUUUCCCCCCAGAUUCUUCAUUCACUGUUUUUUUUCUGAUAUUCCAACUUUUUAAAAAUAACUAAGUAAAAAUGUAUAUUUUUUCUCAAAUAUUUCAAUAUUAAGGAAGUAUUUUUUUAAUUCAUUUUUCCUGAUAAUAAUCAGAGUUUCUUCUCAUAAAAUUGUGCCUUUUUCCUCUUAAUAUUUUGACUUUAUUCUCAUAACAUUCUAACUUUGUUUUGCAACCUAAUUUUUGCAGUGAAAAAAAUACUACUUCAUUUGUUGUGUUC